GUCUCCCUGUCUAUUGAAGGAAUGACAUGCGCCGCUUGUUCAUCAGCAAUCACGGAGCUUGUUUCGGAGCUGCCUGACGUUUCUGACUUGACAGUCAACCUACUCUCUAAUUCGGCGUCGAUGAUUGUACAGCGAAAGGAAUUGGUUGACACCGUUCUGGUCGUCAUAGAAGAUGCAGGAUUUAGGGCGGCUGUAAUCACUGUGGCUCCAACUCGUAAGAAGGUUGAACCCUCAAAUCAAUCUCGCACAAUCUCGUUACGCGUCGAGAGAAUCCCCAAAUCAUGUUCGGAGAAAAUAAUGGCCGUUCUUGAACAAUAUCAAGCAACCAUUGAAAUAGCAUCAACCGACGGCCAAGAUGCCAUCCUCCGUAUCACCUACUCACCUUCUCCUCCAUCUUUCACCAUCCGAACGAUCAUCGAUGCACUGAGUCGCAGUCAGUCUCCUCCGUUGAAGGUGUCGGUUUACAAACCUCCCAGUAUCGAGGAACGUUCGCGGGCAAUUCAGAAGCGUGAGCGACGGCACUUGCUUUAUCGAUUCAUAUUCUCUCUGGUUAUCGCCAUUCCUACCUUCGUCAUCGGAAUCGUCUUUAUGAGUCUUGCACCCAACGGAAAUUUGACCAAGGAUUUUUUUAUGGAACCCAUGUGGACUGGCAAUACAUCCAGAGCACAAUGGUCGCUUUUUUUGUUAGCCACACCCGUCAUGUUCUACAGCGCCGGUGAUUUUCACCGCAGAGGCUGGACCAAGAUCGUGUCACUCUGGAAACGGGGCAGUAAGACCCCUGUUUGGAAACGAUUUACUCGCUUUGGUAGCAUGAAUCUUUUGGUUUCUUCGGGAGUCUCCGUAGCUUAUUUUUCGUCGAUUGAUUUGCUUGCUCUGGCCGCUUCUCAGCCCGCUUCUCCGAAUGGCAAGGGGGACACUAGCACCUACUUUGAUUCUGUCGUUUUCUUGACGAUGUUCUUACUCGUCGGAAAAUAUUUGGAGGCCUAUAGUAAAAGUCACACUGCAGAUGCUAUCACCAGUUUAGGGAAGCUCCGUCCUGCAGAGGCGUAUCUGUUGAAUGGGUUAUACAUCGAAUCUCCUGGAUUCAGGAUUCAGAAAACCUCGGUGGAUCAUUUAGAGAUUGGGGACGUAGUCCGCGUCCAGAAAGGCUCAAGUCCACCGACUGACGGAACGGUUGUAUCCGGUGAAAGUAGUUUUGACGAAAGCUCUCUUACUGGGGAAGCAAGACUAAUCAAGAAAAAAGUCGGUGAUAAGGUGUUUCUCGGUACUAUUAAUGACUCGAGAGCAUUGGACGUACGGGUCGAUGCUAUCGGGGGUGAAACAAUGCUCGACCACAUCGUUCGGCUUGUACGUGAUGGCCAGAACAAACGCGCCCCGAUCGAAAGGCUUGCAGAUAUCCUGACUGGGCAUUUCGUCCCAGUUAUAACUCUGCUCGCGAUUUUGACUUGGCUUAUUUGGCUGAGUCUCGGGUUGAGUGGUGCCCUUCCUCGCAAUUACCUGGAUAAGGACGUCGGCGGGUGGCCUAUCUGGUCACUUCAAUUUGCCAUCGCGGUAUUUGUUGUCGCAUGCCCAUGCGGCAUUGGUCUCGCAGCACCCACCGCACUUUUGGUUGGUUCUGGUCUCGCUGCCAAGUUGGGUAUAUUACCACGAGGCGGCGGUGAAGCAUUCCAGGAAGCCGCUCAACUGGAUGUCGUCGUGUUUGAUAAGACUGGAACUUUAACUGAAGGGGGAAAGCCAUGCGUAACGGAUGUUGAGGUCUAUCAGGACGCAUUUCUGACGCGUGAGGUGAUUCUUGGGAUUGCGGCCGAGGUGGAGUCAGCGAGCACCCAUCCCCUUGCGGCAGCUAUUCGAAGCUAUUGCGCAGAGAAGGGGGCUUUGAUAUCAGGUACUGCAUUCGAAGAAAUUUCUGGCCGAGGAAUGAAAGCCCGUUUUGAGACACCACAAUGCGAAGUCAUUCUUGGGAGCGAGCAGUGGAUGUUGGACAACGGCGUGGCAAUCGGUCCCGAUACUACGCCCUGUUCGGAAUCUUGGAAAAUGCAAGGAAAGACUGUGGUUUUUCUUGCUAUAUGCGAUGAGCCCCCGCCUGAGUUUCAGGUCGCUGCUGUAUUCGCCAUAGCCGACGUGAUUCGCCACAAUGCAAAAAGUGUCAUUUCACGCCUUCAAGCUCGAGGGAUCGUGACUUGGAUGAUAUCUGGAGACCAUCUGACGACGGCGAAGGCCGUUGCAAGACUCGUGGGUAUUCCUCAAGACAAAGUAAUCGCGGGAGCUCUACCACAUGAGAAGGCACAACAUAUUCGACGACUUCAGGCUACACCAGCUUUUAGGAAGAGGUUGAAUGAACGAAGCAUCGUGGCGAUGGUGGGAGACGGGAUCAACGACGCUCCAGCUUUGGCUUCAGCUGACGUUUCCAUUGCCAUUGGGUCAGGUAGCGAUGUUGCUAUUUCUACCGCGUCUUUCAUCUUAGUUUCUUCCGAUCUCUAUGGUGUUCUCACCUUGAUCGAUCUUUCUCGCACAAUCUUCCGACGGGUCAAAUUUAAUUUUUUCUGGGCCAUUAUGUACAACCUCGCUGCUUUGCCCAUUGCUGCCGGUGUAUUGUAUCCCGCUGGACAUGUUAGGUUGGAUCCUGUAUGGGGAUCGCUUGCCAUGGCGUUAUCUUCAAUCUCAGUCAUUUGCAGUUCUCUCGCUCUGAAGUUUUAUCGGCCACCGAACGCCUAA